UUCUUCUCUUUCUCUUCGCCUUCUUCCUCUCCGUCUGCGAGAAACCCUAGUUCCAUUCCUCUCCGUCUUCUUCCUUCGAUCUUCUCUUCCUCUUCGUCUUCUUCGAAACCCAUACAAACCCAUUCUUCUCCUUCAUCUGUUCAUCUCGAAACCCUAGAUUACAGCUUCUCAGUCUUCGAUUUCUUCUCCAAACCCUAGCUUUCAUCUUCUCAGUCUUCGAUCUACACUUCUCAGUCUUCGAUCUACUAUUCCCUCAUUCACACGAUGCCUACUCGUGGCCGCAAGAGGAAAAUCACACCUAAUCUAUCACAGAGACCCGGAGCCACCACGGCUGGUCAACGACCUAGCACUCUACCACCGCAAUACAAUUUCACGCCGACGGUUCAAGCUCCUCAACCGCUGCAGACGCCUGAAGAACCAGUACCCGUGUUGCCGGUACAGUCAACGACUGCCCAUGUCCGUCAAUAUCCUCCUCCACAACAACUCUUCCAGAACUCCACUAAUCAACGUCCUCGCGUAGAGGCAAACAAUUCAGAAGAAGUCCAGUUCAAUCCACAGAACAUGGCCAAUCCUCAGCAGGACGCUCCAAUUUCUCCUGUCCAACAGUCUCCGGCUCAGAGUCAUCCAUCGUUCCAGGAUGAAAAUGCUCCGGUGCCUGAAAUUACUGAGGAUAACCUGCGUGCUCUCAAUGCCCUGCUUCUGGUCCCAGACCGGGAUAAGUUCACCACUGUCCUCUCUCCCACACCCGUACCAGAGACGACAUGGUUUGAUCGCGACAAAGGAUCAAAACUGGUUCGUAAGAUUACUAAGGUGAUUAAGAACAAAUUCGAUGCUCCCUACUACAGCUGGACCUGUGUGCCUCGGGACAAACAAGAGAGAUACUUCCUCGAGUUCGCGAAAACCCACACCUGGGAUCCCUUGAUAACAGGGACUGUGCAACAACAUUUCGAGGAAAUCUGUCAACGGAGAAUGAAGGACAUGGUCAGCAAUGCGAGGACAGGUUUAGAGCGACCUGAGUGGAUUGGAACCACUGUCUGGAAAACAAUGACUGAUUACUGGGACACUGAAGAAGCAAAGGCAAGGAGUCAGACCUAUUCAAAUGUCCGUAUGUCUGACCGUAACGGUCUCGGGCCUCACAUCCACUUCUCAGGUCCAAAGUCGUUUCAACAAGUAAAAGAUGAAUUGGAGGAGGAAUUGGGAAGACCGGUCAGUCUUGGUGAGAAUGUUCAAGAGAAGUUGUCUGAGCUCGAGGCUGAGGCUGCGGGUGAUACUUCUGCUGUUUCUGAUGGUGCUUCACGACUACGGGAGCUAACAACUGAAGAAUAUACAGCCAUCUUCCUUAAGUCUACUGAUAGGGAUUCAAGAGGAAAUUUUUAUGGAGUUGGAAACCUCAAAGACUGUCUGGUCAAUGGCAAGCGCAAGCAACCCGAUUCAGCUUCUUCUUUUGUGUCUCUUCAAGAACUAUUGAAAGAAGCUCAACGCAAGAUAGAAGAUCAGGCAGCGCGUGAGGCUGAGCAAUCUCGGGCUGUGGCUGAGCAGAAGGACAGGCUCGAGCAGUUGUCUCUGGUGGAGAAGUAUCUACGUCAAACAGAUCCGCACUUCCUCGACUUCAUGGCAAACUCAAGAAAUAGUCAUUCUAAGGAGAUAAGGUGGUUGGCAUUUGGACCAAGAAAUGUUGCUUUAGCACAUAAAGGAUUUAUCGUUAAUGGGCAACGGUUUCAUACAGAUGCGGUUAAGCGGAAGACACAAAACAGUGGCGUAACUUAUGAAGCAUUUAGCAUGUGUAGAUCAAGUGCUCGAGAUAUGAGACAAGUCGCUGAUAUGCUUACAUAUUAUGGAGUGAUAAAGGAGGUUUUACUUAUGGACUAUCACAUGUUCAAAGUGACGCUGUUUAGAUGCAAUUGGGCCAACACAGGGAAUGGUGUGAAGGAGGAAGAUGGUUUCACUCUUGUUAACCUUCAUAUGAACCAAACAGCUUAUUUGAAAGAUCCAUUCAUUCUACCUUCUCAAGCAAAACAGGUUUUCUAUUCUAGGGAAGAUGAUAAUUCAAAUUGGUAUGUUGUUAUGAGAGCACCACCUAGAGGCUAUCAUGAGUUGGAAACAGAAGAGGAUUUAGGUGGUGCACCUUUGCCUGUCCAAGAAGUCGAUGAUUUGGAUGAUGAAGCUUUUGAUGAUGAUAGUGUUUAUGUUAGGGAUGAUUGUGAAGGCUUGUUAGUGGUAGAUUGAUAGGUAUGUUUGUGGUUUUUGUAAACAAUGAAAUUUGAAAUGGUUU